GAUCUGAGAGUAAAUAUUAAUAUUACAGUGCUGAAUAUUAGGAUACGUUUCCUUCUAGGUUAAUCUUUUAUGCUGUAAGGUGCCAAGGAAUGCCAUUUUGCUUCACACUUUGAACUUUUUUAUGGCUUUUAAAGGAAGCCAUAUGUUCUUUGUACUUGAUAUUUCUGUGUGAUGAUAUAUCAGCUGCCUUUUCGGGAAGCAGCUUUGUUUCAUGUAACGUCAGUAUCAAUUGUGGUCAUGAGUAAUUUUAUGUUUACGACAUUAUUUUACAGUAAAAGACAGGCUUCUAACUUAGGGCAGACUUAGGUUUUCAAAGCAGCAUAGUAUGAUUUCUGAUUGUUUUCUGAAUGCAGUAGAGAGAGCUUUUAUUCUCAGUCCAGGCUGUGUGACAGUAGAACCAUGCCUUGGUCAAGCAAAUACCAUUCCCUAGACUGGGAGAAAAAAUUGCCAGUGAAUUUUGGAGGAUGCAGAAAGUCGUAGGCCUUUUCAUUUAUACAGUAACUACACAGAUAAACAGUGCUAUAAACUGAGGUCUGAACCUUCAGAAGAUUCAAAGUUAAAAACAACAGCAAAAGUAGAACUUGCCUAAUUUCUGUGUCUUUUGCCCGAGACCCUAUAGAACAGAGCAACUGCUGAACUACUCAUACAAACAGUGAGGCAGUCACAUCUUCACCUGUACUAUAUGUCCAGAGGCUGCGUGGAGCAUUUUCUUGCGCAUCUUUUUUUCUGUCCAAAAAGUCUUUAUGCUCUGUGGUGGAUUUCUGUUCUGUUCUGUGCUGGUUUCCUCUGCCUGUGGCUGCGUACUGGGUUUGGUUGGGAUGGAGUUAAUUUUUUCCACAGCAGCCUGUAUGGUGCUGUGGUUUAGAUUUGUUACCAAAAAGGGGUUGCUAAUACAUCUCUGUUUUAGAUCUUGAGCAUCAAGUCUUUAUCAUUCUGCUACUUCUAUGAAUAGUCUGGGGAUGAGCAUGAAGACAGAUGAGCAGGGGUCACAUCUGGGAUGUGUGACCUGAAUUAGCCCAGGAGAUAUCCCAUAGAAUAUAACACCAUGCUCUGUGAUAAAACUAUGUGGAGUUUUACCAAGGUGGCCAUUGCUCAGAGUCUCACAGCUCAUCAGUAUGCACAUGAGAGGUGGCUAGCGAUUGCCUUUGCUUCACCUGCUUGUUUUUUCCUUUUCCUUCUUUACCUUGACCAAUCGAUAAUUCUUGCUUUUUUUGAAUUCUCUUUGAUUUCUCUUUUGAUUUCUCUUUGUAAGAGGCACAAAACAUAACCAUGUUGCUUUCCAAUCCAGUGCAGGCACAUCCCACAAGAAAAAAAUAGGUGACUCAGAGACACCAUCAGACAUCUUAGUUUGGUGUAUAGAAUCAGUAAGGGAAUUAUACAGUUUUCUAGAACCAUGGUAUAUUACUAUCCACCUUUACUAACGUGUUGGGUUUUUGUUUUCUUUUUUAAUUAUUCCCAGCACAGCAGAAAAUUCCAAAUAUUACCAGCACUGCGUAAAUUCUGUUGGUAGAUCCCCUGUGACUCUCUGGGAGAAAGCAAAAGCAAAUUAAUACAUUUGGGAGCUGUGUCAUUUUUUGCACAGGCACAUCACAUUUUGGCAUUGCUUGCUGAAGAGGUCUGUGGAUUUAUAAGCAAGACUAUGGCCAAAAAGAGGGGAAAACUGCUGUUUGAUGGGUAGGUCCAGUUGAACAUUUUGGUGGUGGACACUCUCCUAACUGUUUGGCUUACAGACUUUAACCCAGAAACCAGAAGCUACUGGUAGGUGGCUAUAGCUCCCCAGUGGGCUGAGGAGACAGAACCACAAAAGCCUGAACCACAUUUUUAUUUUUGUCCUGAUGUAAAACUUGAUUUCUUUAAGCAUUUACUACCUUCAAGGAGGGAGCUUUGAACUUUAGUCAGGGAGAGGGCAGCUGACUAAUCAUAAUGUAAUUACUCAGUUACUGUUUUUCUUCUAAAAGGCGUUCACAUUUUUGCUACGUUUUAGCAUGCAUUUGAAUAAGAAACCUCCCAGAAUGCUAUAUAAGGGACUUCUAGAGACUCAGCCUGUCACUCACCCCUACUGGAAUCACAUAAGAUGAUGAAGAUGGAGACAGGAGAUGAAAUUGCUAUUGUGGGAAUAGCCUGCAACUUUCCCGGAGGUGAAGGAAUUGACAAUUUCUGGAAAGUGCUGGAGGAAGGCAAAAACUGCACAGUAGAAAUACCCCCAGAGAGAUUUAAUACCAAAGAGUGGUAUGAUCCAGACGGUAACAAGCCAGGAAAAAUGUAUACAACACGAGCUGCUCUUCUCAAUGAAUUUAACACAUUUGACAACCAGCUGUUUGGAAUAAAUAGUAUGGAAGCCGAAAGCAUGGAUCCACAACAGAAGUUAUUGAUAGAAUGCACAUACAAAGCACUGGAGGAUGCAGGAGUCCCUGUAGAAGCCAUCAGUGGCACCAAAACAGGUGUUUUUGUUGGCCUUAUGAAUCGAGACUUUGAAAUCAUAAGAAGCAAAUCAGUAAGUGAAAUAAAUCAUUAUGCUGGUACAGGAUCAGCAAUGAGCAUAGCUGCUAAUAGGGUCUCCUUCACGUUUAACCUGACUGGACCAUCGCUGACAGUUGACACUGCUUGUUCGUCAUUUCUUUUUGCUCUGCAUUAUGCCUUGCGCGCAAUUAAAUCAGGAGAUUGUGAGGCAGCUAUUUGCGGUGGUGUGAACAGCAUAAUAGUUCCCAGUACCUUUGUGUCUCUCAGUAAAGCAAAAAUGAUCUCUCCAGAUGGAAUGAGUAAACCCUUCUCCAAAAAGGCAGAUGGCUAUGGAAGGGGAGAAGGCUGUGGUGUUGUUUUGCUCAAACCACUGAAAAAGGCAAUGGAAGACCACAGCAAAAUCUGGGGUGUUAUAAACAUCAGUGCAGUCAAUCAGAAUGGUCGGUCUAUAACGCCAAUCACAAGGCCAUCCCAAGUAGAGCAGGAGAAGUUACUGCGCAGCAUUUAUGAAGGUCGCGUAGAUCCCUCAGUUGUGCAGUACAUUGAAGCCCACGGGACAGGAACUGCUGCUGGAGACCCCACGGAAGCUGCAAGCCUUGGUAAUGUCAUUUGUAAAAACAGACCUUCCCAAGUUCCUGCUCUGAAAAUUGGUUCGGUGAAAGGAAAUAUUGGCCACACUGAGUCAGCUGCUGGAGCAGCAGGUUUGAUCAAAGUGCUCCUGAUGAUGCAUCACGGGAAGAUUGUUCCAUCUUUGCAUUACUCAAAGGAGAUGAGCAGCAUCGAUACAGAGAAGCUGAACCUUGCCAUUCCCACUGCGGUUGAGCCCUGGGAAGAUUCCAGUGAGUAUGGAAGAGUAGCUGGCAUCAACUGCUUUGGAUUUGGAGGAACCAAUGCCCAUGUUGUAGUCAGGCAGGUUAAGCAGACAGAGCCUCUUCCUGCCUAUAAGAGGCCGCUGGAAUUAGUCCUGCUGUCUGCAGCAUCAGCUAAGUCCCUUCAGAUGACAAUGGUAGACAUGGCUGAGCAUCUGAGUACAAGAAGCUGCAUAAGUCUCCCAAGCCUGGCCUAUACAUCUGCCUGCAGAAGAAGCCACAUCAACUACCGGUAUCGAAAAGCAUUUGUGGCAAACUCUCUACAACACUUGCAGCAAGAAGUUAUGUCAGCAGCAAGCACUGACUUUGGCAUGUCAAAGGUGGAGCCUCAACUGGUGUUUGUGUUCUGUGGCAACGGCGUAACAUUGAAGGAGUUCAGUGAGGCACUGCUGAACUCAGAGCCGGUGUUCAGGGACAAGUGUAAGGAAAUAGAAGCGCUCUUUCAGAAACACGCUCCCAUCAGCCUUCUGCCAGCAAGAGGUCGCAGCUCGAAGGAGUUGCUGAAUCCAGAACUCUCCCAGCCCAUGCUUUUUGCCCUGCAGGUUGCCUUAGCUUCUCUUCUGAAGUACUGGGGCAUUAAGCCAGUUGCAGCAGUUGGCCAUUCCGUGGGGGAAGUUGCCGCAGCACAUUUUGCUGGGUACCUUUCCCUGGCAGAUGCGGUCAAAGUGAUUUAUCACCGGAGCAGGCUGCAGGCAAAGACUGCCGCGGGCAGAAUGCUGGUGGUUGGAAACAUCCCCGUUCAAGAGAUUGCUGAAUAUCUGCGUUCCAACUUGGGAAGGGUGUGCAUUGCAGCUUUCAACAGCCCAGUUUCCUGCACCUUGUCUGGAAAUCCAGACGAUGUGGACUUGGUCCAGAAAGAUUUAGCAGAAGCCUUCAGCCACAGAAACAUCUUUCUUCAUGUUUUAAAUGUCCCAGCUGCCUACCACAGCCCUAGCAUGGAUGUGAUACUUGGGGAGCUGGAGCGGAGCAUAGAUCCUUUAGAAGAACAGAAAGGUGACAUUGAAGUAAUUUCAACACUGACGGGGGCAGCGGCUUCUGCAAAUGACUUCUCUCGUGGCAAAUUCUGGGCCCAGCAUACCCGUGAGCCCGUUGCUUUCUCUCAAGCCAUAGAAACUGCAGCUAGAGGCUGGGAAAAUGUAGUGUUUGUUGAAAUAAGUCCUCAUCGUGUGUUGCAGCGAAAUAUCAAGGAGACUCUAGGAAAAGUCACUAAGGUGUUCUCUUCUUUGCAGUCUGAUUCAGAGUAUCAGGUACUCUUUAGCUUGGUAGGAAAUCUGUUUGAGCUGGGCUAUAAUCCCAACUGGCAGCACUUUUAUGAAGGAUAUCAAAGUGUUCCAGUGACCAUUCCACGGUAUCAAUUUGAUCGUAAAAGAGCUGUGCCCUCUCUGGAUACCCAUCAGCAAGCAAAGCCAAGUGAUGUCAGCUCCAGUCAUCCUUUGAUUUAUGUAAGCAACAGUGACAACACGGAGUUUGGCAGCCUGCUCUCCCAGGAAACAACAUCGUAUUUAUAUGAGCACAAGAACAAUGGUGUGGCUUUAGUUCCUGGUGCUUUUUAUGUGGAGCUUGCUCUGGCCUGCGUGAUGAACAGCUCAGGACCUAAAGUGCCUCUGAGUGCUUGCCAGUUGAGCAUCAGUUUCUCAGCACCAUGUGUUCUCACACAAAGUUCCCAAGUCUUGAAUAUCAAGCUGAGUCCACAAAAAGCAGUGACAACCUUUGAGAUACUCUCUUCCUCCAAUGCAGUUUAUGCUUCUGGCCAAGUGAGAAAGGUGCCUGAGGCUGAUGUGGAAGAAAGCACCAUCUCAUUUCAAGAGGUCUAUCACAGAUGCACAUCAGUGAUUAGCACAGAGGAGAUCUAUGAAGCACUGUCUCAGGUUGGCUUUCAGUAUGGUUCCAUAUUCAGGCAACUCAGGGAUGUGCAUUAUUGCCAGGAACUAAAGGAAGCUAUAACAAGCAUCAGGGUGAACAAGGAGACCCUCGGGGAGAUGUACAGCUACUGUAUCCAUCCAGUGCUGCUGGACUGUUUCAUGCAGAUGACUGCCGUCAUGAUCUCCAGGACGCAGCAGUCCAGAGCAGGCUUUCCUUCAGGAAUAGGCAGCCUGGUGGUGCUGCGACCUCUGGAGGAAGAAAUGAUGAUAUAUAUGAGAACAAGCAAAUCCAUUGGGAACUGCUUUGAGGUCUGUGGCUGCUUCAUGGACAAACACGGGUCCGUUUUGGCUGAACUCAAGCGUGUUGCCAUCACUUUCAUGAAGCCAGCAUCUUCCAAAGACAACGAGUUCAUGUUUGAAAACAAGUGGUCAGAAAUCUCUCCAUCAAAGAUGACUGGCCGUUUAGAAGCAGUGCCUAGAGUCCUAGUGUUUGCUGACAAGUUUGGGAUAGCUGAGCAGCUCAGAAAAUAUUUGCAUCCUGAUUCCAGAUAUGUUAUGUAUGAAGACUGGGAAUCCGUCUUGGACGACCACGCAGGGAAUAAGAUGAAAGCAGAGGUUGAGGAUUAUGAUGAAGUUCUCUUCCUGUGGGGAAUUCAGAAGGUGAAUGAAGAGUUCCCAAGUAAAGCGGUAGACCAACUCUCAAAGUGUUGUGAAGCCUAUCGCCAAGUUAUCGUGGCGUUAAGAGAGAAAGGGUCUCACUGUUCAAUCCGAGUGAUCAGCUACAGAACAACAGAAAGAAAUGUAGACCAUGUUAACUGUGGGUUUGUAUUGCAUGGCAUGACCAGAACUUGUGUUGUUGAAGUUCCAGAAAUCACUUUUCAGAUAAUCGACCUCAGCUCUUCCAGCUCCCUGGACAUCUCAGCAUUAUCAGAUGUCCUUGUCAAACACAGAGGUAAUGAUUAUCCAGAAAUCUACAUCAGCCAAGGAAGAAUUUAUGCAUCAGAAAUCAAACGCACUCCGUUUGUAGAUGCAGAUUACAGCCAGCACGUAAGGUCUGUCCAGAAUUCUGAAGCAUUCACUUUGUACACUGCUGAUCCAUACUCAGCAAAAGACUUGUCUGCUGAACUAUUCACCAGCACUGCUACUCACCUGGAAAAUCAAAGUGUUGAAAUUCAAGUGGAUAAGAUAUGCAUUCACUCUGAAGAUUAUUUUCCCAUUAGUGUUUCUAGUCGUAACUUUGGUAAUACGCUCUACUGGAAUUCCCAAGCAGCAGACAAACACAGACUUUUAGCUCUUGAUUUCAGUGGCACAGUCACAGCAAUAGGCACGGCUGUGAAGAAAAUAAAAGUGGGUGAUCAUGUGGUUUCAUGUUAUCCGGCUGGUGCGUCAUCUAGAAUUCAGGUCCCAGGAGCAGUUUGUUUAAACGUAAAGAAAUUUCCAUGCUUUCAAAGCGUCCCUUGUGUGUCCUACUUCAUCGUUGCAUGGGAGAUCUUAAAUCAGAGACUACCCAAGGGGAAAUAUGGCAGAACUUUGGGUAUUAUUUCUACAGAACCAUCAUCGGUUUUUUGCUGUGUUCUUUCUGUGGCAGCAGAAGAGGUGGGCUGGAAAACAGUACUUGCAAGGCCCACUCCUGAUAUGCUGCAGCACAUAAAGGCAUGCAAUGCCCUUGUUGUUCUUCCUCCAGCAGGCAGACUGUCUCAGGAGGAUCUGGCCCACAUGUACUGUCUGAAAGAUGUGGUGAUAGUAUGUGGCCAUCAACAAUCGGAAUGUAUUCAGAAUGUCGGUGGGCUUGAUCAUGGAAAUAUCAGGUUUCAUAUCAUCAUUCUUAGCAGUAUCUUCCAGAAGGCAUCUCUAAAGGAACUCCAAAAGGCUGUGCAAGUGUGGAUCAGUUCUUUAGAUAUGAAACGGUUUAGAUAUCUGCCAGGCUCUGUCUUUCAGCAAUCUGAGAACUUUGGAAGGCUGCAGUCUGCGAUGUGCUCCUUUACCUGCAAAUCUGUCCCACUUGCUGUACUGAGAAAGCAGAAGGAUAUCUCCGUUGUUUCAGAUAUCCCGUUGUAUGAAUCUAAGAAGAAGAUAUUUAAGCAGAAUGCUGUUUAUGUAGUAGCAGGGGGACUUACUGGCCUUGGCUUUGAAACUGUGAAAUUCAUAGCGGCAAAUGGAGGAGGGUGUAUUGCAAUCCUCUCCAGGAAAAUUCCGAGCAAGGAGAAACAAGAUGAGAUGAGGGAUUUGCAGCUGAAAUAUGAAGGCAGCAAAAUAGUGUCUGUGCAGUGUGACAUUACUUUGACCAGUGAUGUUGAGGAAUCUUUCCAGAUCAUCGUAAAAUUAUUUCAAGGUUGUCCAAUCAAAGGCGUCUUUCAAAGUGCUGUUGCUUUACACGAUGGUCGCCUUGAAGUUCUGAAGUUUGCUGACUUUCAGAAAGUGCUGAGCCCCAAAGUGGCUGGGACCCUAAAUCUUCACUGGGCUACAAGAGGCGAACAGCUUGACUACUUUGUGUGCUACUCCUCUGUUACUUCCUUUCUAGGAAACUCCACACAGGCAAACUACGCAGCUGCAAACUCUUUCCUUGAUGUCUUCUGCCUCUACAGGAGGAACUGUGGUCUUUCAGGCCAAUCCAUUAACUGGGGUGCUUUGAACCUCGGCAUAUUGCUCAAUCAAACCCAGAUUCAAAACAUUCUGGGAUCCAAGGGCAUAGAUAUCCUGGAAGUGCAUGAGAUUCAUGAGUAUCUCAAGAAGAGCUUACUUUCAAAUAACCCUCAGCAAGCUGUUGUCAAGUUAAAUUUUAAAACUUUAUUAAAUCAUGUUUUUAUUCGCAUUAUUUCUCUCAAAAAUCGGUUUACUUCACUCAUGUUAGAAGAAUUUGGAGGCAAGCUUGAAACCUCUGAGAAAUCUCAAGUCCAGGAUACUGCUGCAGUCAAGUCUGAAGACUAUAUUACCUCAGUGAUGGCUGAUCUCACUGGACUAAACCCAGAUGAACUGACCAUGAAUACACCACUAUCAUCAUUGGGCAUAGACUCUAUGUUAGCUAUGACAAUUCAGAACCGCAUCUUCCAAGACAGAAAGGUGGACGUACCUCUUCUGAAGCUACUCGAUCCUCACACCACUCUGUCGAGUUUAGUAGUAGUUCUAGGAGAAACAACCAGUGCAGAUGGAACUGUAGAGAAAGAAAUGUCUGCAGUUGUAAGUGGAGAACGUAAGAUCCGUCUGUAGAAAUCCUUUCUUUCAAUAAUUGUGUAAAGAUGAGUAGACCCUUUGCAGGAUCUCAGAGUAUGUCAUGGCAAAGGCAAGUUAGUACAUGCACAUACGCUGAAUGUAAUCUUCUGUGUUGUCCUAGAAAAACUAACACCAGUUUGUCCUGGCAUUACGCUAACUUUGUUUCUUUGGGAUAGUAGUAUGACAUUAUACUUCUCUUUUUACCUUCAUUUUCAGUAUUUUAAACUGUAAAUAUGUAGGCUAUAUGAAUUUUCCUUGAUGAGUUUGCAUGUUCAAGUCACAUUAUGUAUUUUUUAGCCAUAGGAAAGUGCUGACUGAAGUGAUGAGUUCACUGUUUGAAAUGGUGAAUGUCUAUGUAAAGGAGCACUGCAUUAUCCCAGUUGUUUGUCAUUAUUACUUUUUUAGUGUACAGUAAUUUUGUGAUUUUUAUCAAAGCUCUAUAAACUGGACAUCUUUUGAAUGACUUUUCUAGAUGUGUAUUCAAGAGGUUUCUGUUUCAACAAUUUAAAAUUUGUAUUUUGCUUCUACAGAAAUGUUAUAAAUGGUCAGUGGAGAAGCUGUAUUUUUUAGUCUUCUUUUACGUAAGAGUAUAUAAAUGAAAAUAGUAACAUUUUAUAUGCAAAAUCAAAAGUGUAUUUCUGUGCUGUUUUAACUUUUAUCCUUCCCCCACAACUCUUAACUUUAAAUGUUUGUAAUAAUAACAGCUGCCCUUACUUUACUCCUAAGAGAAAAUACUGACUUUCCCCUGUGUGCACUGGAGGAAACUUGGUCAAGAACUGUUUAAAAUGAGGACAAUGUCCUUAUAUUGUUUCUCCAUUUUAUAUCCAGUAGCCAUUCCCCCUCAGAUUUCUCUUGCACCUCUGGGAGCAUCUGGACCUAACCUUAUACAGGGAUAGCACUACACCUGGCUGAGAAGGGAAGGCACCUCUGUAAUAGUACAACUAAUGCAUGGCUUGCUUGCAUGCUAACAAGCAUGAAUGUCACUUACAGUCGUGUGUCAAGCAGACAACACACUACGUCAGGGAUACAUUAGAUGUCCUGAAACCUGCAAGCAGCUGGAAGGGAAGGAAAAGUUAUCCAGAAGCAACAGGAUGGCCUGGGAGAGACACAGAAACUGACUACAUUGCUCUAUGAGCAGUGACAGUCCUGCAUGCUUUUCUGUACGACUAAAUGUCAUCACUGGAGCAUGAGAACAGGCCUGUGCAGAUCUUCCUCAGACCCCUGAAUUAAUUUCAGUGUUCUUUUUCUUCAUCAAAUGCUGUCUAACCUGAGCUAACAGAAAGCUGCAGCUGCCCUUUCUGCCUGGAAAACAGUGUUCCGUUCAUAACUGGGACAGUAAUUAGAUAAAACACUUGUUAAAGAAGUCAGUAUCUACGUUUCACAGAAAGCUUUUAGUGACAAUGUUGUUCGGUCAUUGCGAUUAACCUCAGGUAGCAUUAACCACCUGGGGUAUAUUUUUAAAGGUUUUGUGCUCUCAGUCUCCAAACUCUCAAUCCCAUUAUCAGAGGAAGGAUCCCAUUAGCAGGAUGCACGUUCAGUAAUCAGAUAAUCACGUCCCUAGCACGGCCUGUGGAAAAAUAUUAAUUUUUCCACCCAUAUCCUGAAAUGAUAACGUGUGGCCAAUCUGCAGAGAUGCCUGCCUCCCCGGUUCUGAGUAUACCCACAAAUGCAAUUAGUCAUGUUUUCCACAGCAGUGGCAUAAAUUAAUGGGAGAGAGAGAGAACUUUUAUUUGGAAAAUGUUCUUAGAGCUGCACAGUUUAACUUCUGCCCCAGGCAAUUUGUAAGAGCAUCUCUUUGUACUGUGAAAAGACUUUUCAGGCUGAACUACAAUUUCAUACAAAUAAACAAUUAUGUUUCUUGUUUUGCAUGGA